AUGAAUGCUUUUUUUCUUCUAAUUAUUUCUCAAACAAAUUCAUAUUCAUCUGUUCCUUGUACUGGAGGCGACGGUUUUUUUGCUGAUCCAGAAUAUUGCACGAGAUAUUAUCGAUGUUCGCACGGAACGGAUGAAACCUUUGAAUGCCCACGAGGUACUGCAUGGAAUGAUGAAUCCAAAUCGUGUGCAUGGGUUGAUCAAGUUAAUUGUGAUCAAAAAAAGCUAGGCUAUUCGACGAGCACUCCUAAUACAACAACAACACGUAAAAAAUCUGAUACAGAAUCGGUUCUAUCCGAUACAAAUGCAGGAUCAACGAAUGGAAAAGAUAAUAGCGGCAAUUCACUAGCUAUUGAAUGUCAACCAACGGGCAUUUAUUCAAUAUCCGAUCCAACUGAAUGUAAUUCCUAUUAUCAAUGUGAUAAAGGCACACGAACAAAAUUAAGUUGUCCAGAAAGAAAAUUAUUCGAUACAGAAAAACGUGAAUGUAAUGACCACGAGCGAGUAACAUGCGGAGCGCGAGCUAUUAAUCUAUCUGAUAAAAAUCAAUGCGUGAAUAAACGCGAUGGCAUUCAUCCGGAUCCAGAACGUGACUGUCAUUUCUACUAUCAAUGUCUAGCACAAAAUAAAAUGCGUGAAGCUAGAUGUCCAGGCGAUCAAAAAUUUAGUAGUUAUACUGGAAGAUGUGGUCCAGCAAGUGCUGCUCCAAUACCAUGUGGUUCCUUUAUUCCUGGGAGUGCUGCAGCGAAAAAUCAUUGGAAUAGUGGAACUUUCAUUCCAAUCUUUUUAACGAUGGUUCUCGCCGUUAAAUUGAAUUUCCAAUGA